AUGUCACUGAAUCGUGAACAGAAUGAGACACUUUUGAAGGCGCCAAGACUGAACCAACAAAUACAAUCAAAAUCACGGCAGCAACAUGGGGUUUGUUUCGCUCGACAUAAAAUUUUUUAUACAAUUUUGUUAUUAUUAUUCAUUGUCGGCGGUAUUAUGGCAAUAACAAUUCCUCGUUAUAUAGCAUAUAACAAGGGCAACAUUAAUACUGAAAACCAAGAAGAAUCGAUUGAUUCCUAUGAAGAUGAUAGCUCGAACUUGGAUAUGGUAGAAUUACAAGACCAUGCAUCAACAUCAGCUAAAUCAAUGCAAGAUGAUGAUGAUGAUGAUGACAAAGAUGAUCAGACUCCUCAAUUACGAUCAGGUUCAGCAUAUAAGUCUAAAUCACGUGAAAGUCUUGGUCAUAUGAAUGUUUACCUUCGUAAGCAACAUCGUGGUGCUACUCAACGACGACAUGAAAAAUUUCGUUUUCCCGUGGCUCGUUAUGAUCGUCAACGAUUUCCUUUGAAGGGUCCAUUCUUAAGUUUUUUGCCUUGGAUUCCAAUAUUUGCCGAUCGACUAACAAAACAAACAAUUAUAUAUUCACCAACAGGAGGCGUCUACAUUUUACCUCCGGUAAUUAACUUUUAUGGUAAAAUGUUUUCAGUUGCAGAACUGAUUGUAUCUGGUUAUGCUAGUUUGGUUAGUAGUGGUGUUCCACCAACCGGCCCGAUCAAUAUGAUGUCUUAUUUUCAACCAACACCAUUAUAUGGUGCUGGUAUUCCGAGAUUUAAUCCAUUAAGAGGUAGUUUUGAUGGUGGUAUUCGAACGGAAUAUAAAUCUUUCAACAUUCGACAAUCUCCAAGAACAGUUACCAACAUAGAUCCAACAUAUGAAUCGGAAGAAGACAGUUAUGAAUCACCAUCAUAUUCACAAGAUAACUACAACAAACCGGAUUCAGAAGAAAACUACGACAGACCAGAUUCAGAAGAGAAGUACAACAGACCAGAUUCAGAAGAAGACUACAACAGACCAAAUCCACGUCCGCGUCCAUAUCGACGCCGACGCCCAUAUUCACGUCCCAGUACAAGUCGUAAAAGCACAAGAAAAAGUACAAGUACAAGUACAAUCGCAAGUACACAUUCAAGUCGACGUUCACGUUCUACAACCGAUCGUAAACCUGCAGCAACUACUGAGCAUAUGAAAAGUGAUACUUAUGUCAUUCAUGAGAGACGUCAACAUCUUCCUCUCCACUGGAACAAGCAUGAUAAAGCGGAUCGCAAUUUUAUUCUUCCUAUGCGCAUUGGUCUUGUUCAGCAGAACCUGGAAAAUAUCGAAAAAGAACUUAUGAAUGUCUCAGAUCCGACUUCACCUAACUACGGCCGUUACUUAACUCCAGCGCAAGUUGCUGACAUGUUUGCUCCCAAACAAGAGACUAUUACUUGUGUUCGACAAUGGCUCGAAGAUUUCGGUAUCAAACCUAAUCAGAUUAAUCUUAGUGCAAGCAAUGGUUGGUUGCAUUUCAAUAUUACGGUUAGGAAUGCUCAGCGACUUUUGAAGACCAAAUAUUAUAGCUACAGACACAAGAGUGGAAAAUAUCUUGUCGCUACUGAAGAGUACAGUGUCCCGUCUAUGGUUCAAAAGUGCAUCGACUUCAUAACUCCUACACUUCACUUUGACGUUAGAGUUUCAAAGAAUUCAGACACAAGUGAUAGUUUGAACAGCAAUUUUCAACAAGAUAUCCUCGGUAUUGGUCGUAACCAUACUCUACCGACAAGGACACUCACUGGACAGCUUCUUCAACUUCUUCGAGCGGCUAUUACUAAUGGCACGACGGCGGCUUUUCUUGCGUUGUGCCCUAAUAUAACUACUCCAGCUUGUUUACGAUCUAAAUACAACUUUACGAACUACAUACCGACAUCAAACAAUACUAAUAUCCUUGGCAUCACUGAAUACACGCCCGUAGCGUAUAAUCAAUUGGAUCUGGAUCUGUUUUCCAGUCUCUGUCCAUCAAAGCCACUGGGUACUAAACCAAACAUUAAAUUAAUUGAUACUAAUGGUACUGCUAUUUUGGAUUCUCUAAACAUCAAUUACAACGGAGAAGCUAACCUUGAUUUGCAAUAUGCUAUCUGCUUGGUACGUUCUCUCACCGUUACGCUGUUUCAAAUUGGAGAUGAUAUUAUAUAUGCUUCUUUCAACAACUUUUUUGAUGCUAUCGACUACUCAUAUUGCAAAAAUGGAACCGGAGACGAUCCUAUUUAUGAUAGCAUCUAUCCUGAUCCUAGCAAUCAGCGUGGAGCUUAUAAAGGAAAGGAUUGCGGAAGGUACCCACCUACCCUUGUCAUUUCUACAUCAUAUGGAUACAAUGAGAAGGAUCUUACGCGCGAAUACGAAAUGCGUCAAUGUAACGAAUAUGCAAAACUCGGUAUGAUGGGCGUUACGAUAUUUUAUGCUUCAGGUGAUUAUGGCGUUGCCGGUAACGAGGGAUAUUGCUUGCUCCCAAAUGGAACUGAAACUAAUAGUACUACUGCUCCCAGAUACAAUCCUUCUUUUCCUUCAACAUGUCCUUAUAUCACUUCCGUCGGUGCUACUCAGUUCAAUGGUAGUGUUAACAACCCUGAAGUUGCUAGCUCGCAAGUGAUCUUCUCUGGUGGAGGUUUUAGCGAUUAUUUUGAAAUACCAGCUUAUCAAAAGGCAGCCGUAGCGGAGUACUUCGCCAAUCAUAAACCACCCUAUAAUUCUUCGCAAUAUAAUAAUUCGCAGACCACUCGUGCAUUUCCUGAUGUUGCGGCUAACGGUGAUAACUAUGGCAUCUACCAGGAUGGAACUCUGCAAUUGGUUUAUGGUACUUCUGCAUCUUGUCCUGUAUGGGCAUCCAUUAUAGCUCUAAUCAUCGAUGCCCGUUUGGCUAUCGGUAAAAGCCCACUAGGAUUCAUAAAUACUGCUCUUUAUAACCACAGCAUUAUUUUAAAUGAUAUUACUUCGGGAAAUAAUCCAGGAUGCGGAACAAACGGUUUUACAGCAGUCACUGGUUGGGAUCCUGUUACUGGACUUGGAACUCCUAACUUUCCGAAAAUGUUGGCUUACUUCUUAAGCUUGCCUUAA